UACUUUUUUAUUUGUGUAAGUGCGUUUACCAUAAGAAUUGCUUGGUCCACGUGCAUACUAAACAAAAUUGCAACGAAUAUUGAGAGGAGAAUCGAUCUUUGUAUGUUUAAUAGUUUCAAUAUCCGUCGAUUAUCAUAAUUUAUACUAAUUCGAUUAAUCAUCUGAACCUAAACUGUAAAAAAAUAAGGAUAUAUUCAUUUCGCCAGUGCCAUCUUCGCUUCGGACUUUGCAUCUGCUUGACGGACCGCUCGUCUCAUUAUCCGCCGCAACCUCGGCGUGGCAAAGACGGCACUGCGCUAGAGAGGAGACUUCACAAUUCCUAGUCGAAUAGACUUGAACAAUCAUGAAUGAACAGCAGCAGCUUCAGCUCUUGGCUGAAUUAGAAGUAGAAAUGAUGGCAGACAUGUACAACAGGAUGACUGUUGCUUGUCAGAAGAAGUGUAUUCCACCUACCUACAAAGAAGGUGACCUUUCUAAAGGUGAAGCUGUCUGCUUGGAUCGCUGUGUUGCUAAGUAUUUGGAGGUCCAUGAGAGCAUUGGUAAAAAAUUGACUGAGAAGUCAGCCCAAGAUGAGGCCAUGAUGAAACAAAUGCAGGGACAGAGUUAGUGAUGAUCUCCAAUCAGCCCAGGGCCCAGGUACAUUAGAGAUGCAAUUCAAUUGAAUGUACAAUUCAUUGAAUUGCUUUUAAAAUGUUAUAGGACCCAGAUCAGAUGUAACUUGUGGAUGCAGUUAUCUUGGCCACAUAUCAGCUUCAUGAAAGCAUUAACUAUUAAGUCCAGAGGAGUUUGGUUUUCAGCAGUGGUCAAGGCAGGAUAUCGCCUGUUUGUAAGAUCAUAUUUGAGAAGUUUAAUUUGUAACUUGUCCAACGGGCUGAAUGAAGGACAAGAGAAUGAUAACUGAGCCAUGCAAGCCUCACCCACAUUGAAUUUGAUUUUUUUUUUUUAAUUAGAAAAUUAUGAUAAUACUCUGCUUUAGAUUAAGAUGCAACUUCUGUGACACAGAAUCUGGUCAGUUUGUAUAUAUGACUAGCAUUCUCUUGCCUUGCAUUUUUGCAUCAUGUUUGCAAAAUUGCUAUAGGUUUAGCAACGAUGCAAUAUUUAGGUGCAAUCACUCUGCAAGUGUUGCAAUGAUGUUAUUAUCCAGCGUGUUCUGUGCAGACUGCAGAGCACAGGAUUGCAUGGUAGAUUUGAGAGGACAAUAUAUUGACACUUUUGCUAAAUGUCACAGAAGGUAAAUCGCAGAUUUAAAGCCAUUGAUAUUGGCGGAAUUGCGGGGGUAACAAAACUCUGUGUAUCUAGAAAGGCAUGUUCUGGAGAAUUAAAAAGAAAAUUAUUCAGUUUCAUUUGAGCUUAUUCAGCUUUGCCAAAAUUUCAAAUUUUGUAUUGUAGUCCAUAGUGCAUACAAUUCCAAACUUCUGAUAGUAAGCAUUUUUUAAUACAAGGGUGAGGCUUCAAAGUGAAAAUCAAUACUGUAUUUUUCAAACAUAUGUUUCUAAAGAUGGAUAGGAUAAAGUGACCAUUUUCAAUAAAAUGAAAAAGUAUCCUAAAACACCUGAGGUGAAAGAUUUGAUUCAGCAUAUAAUAUGAAUAGGUUAAAUUAACAAUCAAUAUGUUGGGUUGUAAUGGGUCCCGAGCCAAAAAUCCUUGAUUUUGGUAUCAAUAACCUUUCAUGCAUGGAUCAAGUAUCGGGAUUAAAUCUUUGUUAAGAGAUUUUGAUAUGAGAGUUAACUUCAUAAGUGUUAAACAAAUAGGGCUACAUGUAUGUACAGUGGUGUACAUCUGCCAUCUCGUCAAUAUUUAAUUUGACAAAGAAUUAGUUUUUGGAAACUUGGGUAAUUUUCACUACACUUUUGUAAGAUUGGUAUGUAUAUUUGUCUUUUACCAAAGCUUUAAUUAUACCAUGACUGUUUACAUAUCAUCAGUGAUACUAAUCACUAUAAAAGAAUGAUCAUCUGAAUGUACUUGACUGACUGGUAUAGGCACACUUGGCAUGUUAAGAAAAUUGAUGUUUGUUGAAAUUUUAUUCUUGCCAAAGUUGCCAUUGAUACUCUUAACAAUUUACGAGUGAGCAACUACCAUGGUGACAGCCAAUAUUCCAUGGUUGGAUAGCAAAAUUAUCACAAAAGUAACUUUGAUGCAACUACCAAAAGAUAAAAGCAGUUACGGGCAGAUUCAUGAUUUCUUAAAAUGUGGAGAGGGGCACAGGCUGUAGGUCAAAUCAAUAUUCUACCAAAUUUAUGAAGAGACCCCCCCCCCCUCAAAAAAAUAAUAAAUAAAUAAAAGGGGGAGGGACUGGUCUCGCUCAUCUCAUAAAAGGGCGUGCACAACAUACAUUUUUAAAAGAGGAUGACUGCUCUCUUUCCCCCUCCUUUCAGGAUCUGUACCUAAUAAGUUGACACUUUUAAUUACUCUUUCUGCUGGAUCGAAGAUAUUGCUUGGUUUUUGUGAUCAACCUAGAAACAUUUGUUUUUCCAAGUGUAUGUAUGUGCAUCAUCAGGUUUUUAUAUUUCCUCACAAUAUUAUCAAGGAGGAUUACAAAUUGUCUUAUUUAUUUCAUUUUUACUUUUUUUGGUUCCACACCGCUUCGAAGAGUUGAUGCAAUGAAUUAGACCACCAAAUUCAUGAGAUUGAAAUUUCAUGUUCAUUUAGGUGUUGAUCAGUUCAGUUGAAGAUUUAUGGUAGAAUUUCUAUUUUCUCUUGUCAAUGCCUUUUCUAUAAAAGGUUACUUCCGUCAGUUACUGGUAAUUCUUUCAUUUCAAAUCUGCUGAAGUCCAUGGGAGAGAACACAUCCACGUGGUUCAUAAAUUCAUAUCUUCAAAUAUAAUGAGUAUUGUUAACAGUAUUUUGAUUAAAAAUACGGCAUAUAGGGGCCUAUAUAUAAUGUUUAUAUAUGAUUUUAUUGUUUUAACUUUCAAAAUUAUUGAAAAUAUUGAAUAUGAUGAAAAUAUAUAAGGCAAUUGAAUUCAUAACCUUGAUAUUUCUUUAAGUGUGAUUGUCUUCUUCAGUCUAAAAAAUGAUUUUUUUUUUGGUUAAAUUGUUAUCACCUAAAACUAAUGUUGGGAAGGGGGACUGGGGAUCCGUUUUCAGACAGCAAGAUAAAUGAAGAGAGAAAGGAGGGGAAUGAGAGAGAGAGAAAGAAUUGGAG